AUGGACGAAUUAUCCUUACGAAACGAAUGUAAUCCCCAGAGGGAUUUCUCUUCGUUCGAGUACCGCGUAAGAAAACGAGCUCAAGGUAGCCCUUGCCUAUGCAACCGCGAUUAUGCAGCUGCAUACGUGGAAGUCGAUCGUCAGGUGUGGGCCCGAGUAUUUCCUUACGGCUUUACGAAUGCGAAUUGGUGUAAUCAUGACACACACAGCUCAUUUCGCAUAACGCGAUUCAAGUCGCGUCAAAAUAACGUGCGCACGCGGCGCACGUCGAACACGAAUUCUCUCUCCCACGUACGUCGACGCGACCGCGAUCGUUACCGAUUGUUGGGUAACGUGACGCGACGACCGGUGCCGCGAAACGGCUUGGUUAGCCGGAGGCCAGACGCCGGGAAAAGAAGGGCGACGCGAAGUCGACCAGCUGACCCAAUGUGGCCGGGGACAAGGAUGACCUCAGUACUCGAUGAAGUUUUAUCAGAUAACAUUAGAGCUUCCAGGAUAGAAAGGGACCUAGACGGAGUGACUACAGUCCUUUUGGUAUCGGCAAUUCCUUAUGGAAAGUCAUUACCACCGGUUGGAUUAUUAACAAAAACAGCACGGACAUUCGUGCAACAUGGUGCGAGUACCGAAUUUGCCACUCAAGUUGUGGGCACGACCUUGGAUAAUGGUCGUCUCUAUGCAAGAAUCCUAUCUACAGCCAGCAAAGUUUUCUACGACAAAAAUCCGACGCCGGAUUCGGCAAGUCCUUACGUCGUUUAUCCGUCGAAGACACCGGAAGACGAAUGGCAACUUAGACUGGCCCUUGAUAGCGUGCCGUUGAGAGCUCUUGAAACGCAGAGUGGAAAAUUCGAUACAGAAUCAAAUGAAAAGAAAAAAGAUACUGAGAAUACUUCGAAACUAGACGAACUGUCCAAAGAAAAUGAUAUAUUUAAUAAAAGAGAGCUAAAUAUGGAUACGCAGAGGUUUAAGCCAGAGAAGGUACGACCGGCCGAUAAUCUGCCUACUUAUACCGUCAAACACGAGUACGUGUCAAAUAACUUUGAUUCGUUCGAUGAUGUGCAGUCAAGAAGCUUUAGACCUCGAAUACCGAAGAUUUUUAAACCACAGCUAAAAGCUUCGUCGCAGAAGAAACUAGAUAUGAAGCCUCUCGCUACGGUAACCUACCAUGGCUUCGCGGAUUUCACGACAACAGUCGGCGAUACCGUCAUUGUCUUUUCGCCAAGCACGUCACCGGCACCCAUGGGACGUCCCGCCACCACGAUCAAAGGUGAUGCCACGCUUCGUCCGGAUGAUGGUAUUGCAGUAUUAAAGAUUCAGCCAACGACUGUGAUGGAACACGCAAGAACCAAUCGACCUUAUGAGGGGGACCGGAAGCACGGCUUGGAUGAUCAAUUUCUAAACACCAUCAAUCGCAAUAUUCAACCAAGCGUCACUGAGGAAAUUGACGUUGAAUCAUCUAAAAGAUUUACAGAACCAUUACUGCUGGUACCCGAUGUCGAAACGGGCUCAUUGAAACCAACAGGUCUUCUGAAAGUUGUUGAUUCUACUACAUCGUUAGACGGCACCACGACACAUUACAAAAGUCUCAUUUAUGGCACAUAUAUUGGCACGAAUUAUGCACAAAUAAUUCAUACAUCUUCAAACGUAUAUUUCUUCCCGGAUGAUGCCACCGUAACAUAUGGAGCUGACGACACGACUACAGAAUAUGGUAUAACUGAAACAGAAUCCGAUGACCGAGAUACUACUGUCGAAGCAUUACCUUCUACUACACCGAUGACCAUCACGACUAGCGAAGAAGAGAUGAAUGAAUUGACUACUCCGUUGAGAGGCACAACGGACAGUGUUUUAACAACAUUGAAGGACAUCUUAGAAAGUGCAAGAAGAGUAUUAGGAACGACUGAAUCGGUGCUACCGACUUUAGACGACGAAAUUCCUAAUGAUAUUGUGCCAGGAGAUCCUCAGGGUCGUAGUAUCAAAAGCGGUUCUCCUCAAAAUAAUCUUCGACCCGGACAUAAACAUGAUUCAGGCAACGUAGAAGAAAAAGUAACAUUAGUUACUAGAUUACUACCAUCUACUGUCUACAAGACAUUCACAUACUUCACAACUUUCUUCAUUCCGGGCGGUAGCGAUCAGACUACGACUUCGAUACGUUCGCGAGAAGUAGUCUCUUCUGAGGUAACGUUUUUGACAGAGUUAAUUCGACCUACUUCAACAAAACAUUUAAUUCGUCCUACUAUCUCACCAGGCUUAAAGCAGAAAACAUCAAGCUUGCCUGAUGAAACUGAAGAAGAGCAAACUACUAAACAAGAUGAAGAGAUAGAGCUCAUUUUUAAAACUUUGUACACGACAUAUACAUAUCUGACGACGUUCUUCCAAGAUAAUACAUCUAGUGUAUCUAGUCGGCAAGUUGUCGAGACUAAUGUUAUUACGCAAACCGUUGGACCAAAUGGUGUUUCUGCCAUUGUUGCCGGUCUCUUCGAUAAAGAUGAGUCUGUUCUAAUAUCGCCAACAACAACGCAAAAUAUUUUGCCAUCGGUAAUAACAAACGGUCGCACUCCCGAGAAAUUCAAUAAAGGUACUGAACUAGACGUUCCUGAUGAAACGACAGAGGGAGGUCUAACCACUUUCCAGCAGCAGGAUACUACAUUACACGAGAAUAUUCCAACAGAAUCCAUAACGACUAUUGAUGAUUUUGAAACAUCUGAUGGCUGGACCACUGAUUUAGAACCAAGCCCCACGCCAGCUAUGGCAAGCGUAGAAGUAAAGGAACAGGUGAAGACAUAUUAUACGACAUAUACGUACUUUACCACUAUCUUUGUAGACGAUGAGACGGAAAUCGAGACGCGAACCGAAGUUUUCACUAAUGUCGUCACACAGACAAUUACACCUACCAAGGUUCAAUCGAUUCCGCAGGAGACGGCUCGACCAAUGACACCGAGAUCUCAAUUUGUCGAAAAUAAGACUGGGGCCCCUCCAGAAAUUUUAGCUUAUUUAGAAGCUCUCCAACGUCAGAAAUCACAAGAAGAAGCAUUUUUAUUAGCAAAGAAAGUUCAACAAAAUAAUACUGAUCAAGUAACACAUACUGAAACUACUGAAAACAAUACUGAGAUUACAACAGAGGAACCUACCACUUUGGAAGAUCGGUCUACUACUGAGCGUCUAUUUCGUAAUUUCCAAGUAGGCGCGCAAGUAACGCCUAAUCCUCCGACUGAGGUAGAAGUUCUAGGAUCCAUGAUCACGGAUGUCGUAUCAUCUUCUAGUUCUGGUGGCGGCACUGUUCUAGAUGUGGACAAAAGAAACAUUGUUCCUGAAGAUCAGGAAUUGUCGGAGUCUAACAAUCAUGAAGUAGAACCAGCGCCGACAUUGCUUCUACAAACUAGUUAUACGACUUUCACAUACUUUACGACAAUGUACAAAGGCGAUCAAACGAAUGUCGCCAGUCGCCUGGAGACAAUUACGAACGUUGUCACGGAAACCUUAAGACCGUCUAUCGUAGUGCCAAUUCCAACUAGCACUCUCCCGGUGACAUAUUUCACGACCUUUACAUAUUGGACGACGUUCUAUAAGGGUGGUGAUACCAUAACGACUAGUCGUGAAGAAACAAUCAGUAAUGUCGUUACAUCGGGAGUCUCGCCUACACCUACAGUAGAGCUCGGUGUUAUAAUGACUUAUACGCCAACUGUGAAUCCACCGUUAGAGGAGGAAUCAGCCAACGAUGAAGAGGAGUCCAAGAUUACGGCGGAUAAUGAAGUAACACCUGUCGGCAAUGUUGGAUCUGGAAAAUCUAUCACCGAAAAUACAAAUGAACCAUUACCGAUUACAACAAAACCUGACGAUCAAAACGCCGUAAACAUUUUAUCAAUUUCACCCGAGCCUACGACAUUCUAUACAACAUUCACUUACUUCACUACAUCUUACGUCGGAAAUGAGACAAUUUUGUCUAGCAGACUGGAGACUGUAACUAGCGUAUCGAUACCAGAUAUUACGACACAACAAGCAACCGGUCGUGCUAUCGGUGGACCUGUGUAUCCGUCAAUUCAGACAAUAAAUACCGAUGAUAAAACCGUGACACCGUCUAAGGUGUCCGAAACUUUCAAAACAGGUUUGAUUUCGACAAUACGUUCGAGUGAAAUACAUGAAGAUAUUACAACUCACUACACGACGGAUGUAUACGGUACUUACAUAGAUGGAUAUUACGCACGAGUGGAAAAGAGUUCGACGAGAGUAGAAACACCGCCAUUACCUUCUUCGUCGAUAGCUACGCCGGUACUCCCUACAGGAGUUUUAUCUUUAAACAGAGGAAGCGUAGUAGAUGCUGAUGAAAUCACCACUGUUUACUUUACGACUAAACAAAUUGGUACGCUUUUCGAGGGUACUUACGCUAAAGUGAUUGAAAGUACAUCAAGCACGAAAAUAGACGAGGAAAGAAAAGCAAGCAUUCCACCGACUCAUGGCCAUCGAACUGGCCUGGUACGUUUAAUUCAGGGUCAAAUGGAGAACAACUAUACCACCACGUUUUAUCAAUCAAAAGUAAUUGGUACCAGUAUUGAGGGAAGAUAUGCUCAGAUUAUUGAAAGUACUUCUAGUUUCUUUGUACCGAGCUCUACAAGGAACAUCGCGCCGACUUCUACUCUACCUCCAAGUCAAUCGACAGGUAUCCAGGAAAUAUCACCUUCUCCCGCUGUUAUUCAAUCUUCCGAAGAUCAUUCAGAAUCUUCUGAUCAAGACGAGGAUUCCGAUCAAAAUGAAGAAGACGACGAAGAAGACGAGGAAGAUGACGACGGGCAAAGUUCUAAAAAGAAAUCACGAUUGACAUUCUCGACAAGAAAAAGAACUUUCACGCCAGUCAUCAGGCCGUUUGCCUCCAGGAACAGGCCGACUUUUAAUCCAAAACGCAAAGGCGCGCAAGCCGCGACGACUAUUACUAGAACGGAUAUAACCCCGACGAUAACUGCUACUUUAGCUGGCAAGAGUAAUAGGUUUGCAUCAUCGCGGGGUCGCGUCACUUCGCCGAUUGGACCGUACUCUUCAACGUUAUCUCCGUCAGGUUCCAGAAGAUUUUCGGGCAGACGCGGAUCCGCCACUAUUUCGAGUUCGACGUUUCCAGCGGGCAGUACCCGAGGUAGAGCACCAUCUAGAAUAACUCCGUCGUCUGUGUUUCAAAGCAACAGACGUGGUCCUACGUCUGUGAGAGGAUCCUCUGCUAGGAUUGCAACUCGUGCUUCAAGUUCUGCAUUUCCCGGUGCUUCAUCAAGAUUUCGUGCAGGUAUCAGACCAUCAUCAACGUUAUCAAGAGGACAACCUACCGUCAGACACGAUGAUCAAGAAAAUGACGCCAAUGAGUUCACCACAACUACGCUCGUAACGGAUGAAACACCGUUUACAGAAUACGUCGACGGUGAAACUGUCACCACUCCUCUACAAACUACGACAGAAUCAUCUAGGAGAUCUACGAAUCCACUCUUAAGAUUCCGCAGACCCAUUAAUUUAAAUAGCAACGGCAGAUCGGUGACUACUUCAAGACCACCAACGACUACAACUCCAAGACGAUCGGGAAAUUUAAAUAGACUGAGCGCGCCAACAGUUCCUAGAGUAACUAAUGGAAGAACAAAUACCAGAGCAACUCCUCCGGUAUCUACGAGAACACGACCGAGUAAUACAGGUCUGUUCCCACCACGUGGAUUUCUUGGUAGGAAGCAAGAAGUAACUACUGAAGAAUCGAUCGAGUCCAGUGAGGAACAAAAUGAAGGCAACGAAGGUUUGGAAGACGAACCCGUUGAGGAAAUAUCAGACAAUGAUUAUGAAGGAUCUGAACAUGAAGACAAAAGAUCUAACGUCAAUGUAAAUCGUCGUUCCGGAAAAGCUGUUGGACCCGUCGUACAAAUUAGACCUUUCGGAGCAAGAACAAGAAGAAUUCGUCGUCAGGCUAGUCAGCUUAGAGCAUACAGUAGUCGUUUCCGUAGACCCGCUCCAUUCUCUUCUGUAAAAGCGGACGAAAGAUCUGAUUCAUUAGACACCACAGCAAAUGAAGACAUUAUAAAAACAGCACCAAAACCUUCCGCUCGUUAUAAUAAUCGUGCGCGAAGUUUAUCGCCUCUACAACCACAGAAGUUAUCUAAUCCCGAUCAAACGGCAGAAACAUCAGAGUUAUCGAGUCAGCAGAGUACUAGAACUAGAUCAAAACAAUCUAAUGGAAAUAGAAAUGGAUCUGUCAGAAUAAAACCGUCUUCGGCCUCAAAUAAUGGAAGACAAUUUACAUUAAGAGAAAAAGAUACCUCUUCAAACAGAUCGGGAUAUAAGAGACCGAUUUCCUCUUCCAGAACGAAUAGUAGAUCUACUACUAAAUCUGACAACGGAAGAGUAAGACCACCGAGAUUACGAAAUGGAUCUUCCAAACCAACAGAAUCUUCAAUAAAUUCUCGAAGAAUAUCAUCGUCUCGUUCAAGAUCAUCAAACGGAAGAAAUGGAAACAGAAGAGUUCCUACAAGGACUAGAGGAACUUUUGAGGAUAUUCGAGAAGCGCCUACCGUAUAUCCAAAUGUCGACGGCACUAUAACUGUGACGCAUUAUGUACCAACGGAAGUAACGAUUCCUGUUGUGAACAAUGGCGUUACGGAACAUCGAAAUAUUAUAACACAGCAACCAAGCACUGAAAUCCUCGGACCUUCUCAAUAUAGCACAGUAACAGCUGGAGACGGGAAGCCGCUCGUAAUAAUUGUUAGCGAAGUGACGGGUACCAAUAAUCAAGGCCAGGCCGAGGUCACACGAUUUUUGCUGCACGAGACACCCACUACUCGUAUCUCGCACACCCUCACAAGUCUCGGUGGCCGUCGCGUCUCUCAAUCAGUUAUUAUACCUACGACGGUGUUCUCUGUGGAGAACAUAGUUUCUACGGUACAGCCUUCCUUGCCCGGCAACGCUCCCCUUGCCAAUAUUCUUCUCUCACAAUUACUUCUGGGUCAAUUAGGUCAACCGAAUUCUUUGUUAUCCCAAGCCACACCCACUACGCAGUAUAAUACACGCACUACCUCCUACGUCACUACAAUAACAAAACAUCAGAGCACUAUCAUUCCUCUCACCUUCCGCGGCAAGGAGAUUCUGACGACUCUAGUCGACUCCUCGACUAAUGUCGUUACUGCAACGGAAUUUAUAACGGACACCGUUGUAGUGACUCCAACGGCUGCGAUACCGGCGGCCAACAUAAAUUCCCUUUUGUUGUUACUCCAACAACCACAGACGCAGCCGCAGAAUCCCAAUCCGUUGUUGGAUCCUCUGUUCGCGGCUGCUCCAUUUACACAGAGUAAUACCUUACCGGGAGAAGUCGAGAGUAGACAUCAGCCGGUCGAUUCUGAUUAUAAACAUGAUAACUACGAGUAUUAUGAGGAUGAAACAGAAGAAUACCAAAAAUCUAGAUCACGUGGGCGUAAAUUGAACGAAAAGAAAAAAGAAUCCAAGGCUUCUGCAGCUACAAAGGCUGAAUCUAGCGUGGUGACGCUCUACGUUUCCGGCCGCAGACCCGGAGAAUUCAGCACUGUUCUGAGUACCGUAAAAGUCGGCGAUUCCGCCACUGUAUCUAGAAGACGAAGAGAAACUUUGGAAGGAGUUGUCGAAGUCCGACCUUCCAUACCACCGUCAUUGCAUGCUGGACCGGUGGCCGUUGCCAUUUUGGCGGGAAGUGAAGAUCCUAUCGACCACGCACCAACACAAAGUCUUGAGAGCGUAGUGGAAUGGCCUGGAACAAUCGCCUUUGCAGGUAAUCUCUAUGCUGAAUCGGUGCAAUAUGGAAGUAGGAAUAUUGAUCGCAGGAGAGAAGACAUUGUUAAUACAUGGUCCACAAACGAGGAUUAUAUAAACAAUGGAAAGAUCGACGAUGAUGACGAAAUCUUUGAGGAAACACCACGAAAACGUGUUCGAAUUCGAGUACCCGUGGUGCGUAGCAGAAUUGCUAGACAACAUAAGUUUACGGUCGUCAGGCGCAGACCCUUGACACCUCGCACCAAAGAUAUUGCGUACAUUACGUCUACCACGCAUACACCACGAAGAAUCGUGGUGACGCGUGUCAGAACUGUUGGAUCGGGAAACUCGAUUUAUCCGACUGACAUUCCGAUAGACUAUGGAAAUUACCAACCUACUGGUUUUGGAAAACAUAAAGUAACUAUAACCAGACGUAGGAAACUUCAAUCUACGCCGACGUUGACUAAAAAUAAAGUCAGAGUAACCAGAAGAAAAUUAGUCGCAGUGCGUCCGAUAUUUCCAACAUCGACUCUUGCCAUUAUCACUACUGGAUUUUUCACCGCGCCUUCUUCCGAAUAUGAAGAAUAUUCAGAUGAAGAAGACGAGAAAGAGUAUGAGAGUGAAAUUGUUAGAGAAAAAGAUAAUUCUGUCGUUACGCCCAGUCUCGAAGAGACACCGAAUAUUAUUGAUAAUAAACCAGACGAGGAAGCGAGUCCUGUGUCGUCGGAUAGCAGCUAUGCUAUAGUCAAAGAAAGCACAUUAAACACGCCAGUGAUUAUUACCGACAAUUUCUUUUUCCCUCCGUCUGACGAGGAAGAUGAAAAGUACGAAGGUGAUGACACGACUACUACAACUGAAAAUGUAAAUAAAGUCACGAUUUUAAUGAAAGAUGAGCAUCCCACAAUUUCUCCUAAGGAUGAAGAUAAUAUUGUACCUAAUAAAAGUGAUAUUGAGAUGCAGCCAGACAAUAUUACGACGACACCAAUCAGUCAAACAUCAGCAGAACCGUCGGAAGAGCAAACAAUAAAAGCGCCUGAGGAAUCUGACAAUGCAUCGAUAAAUAUAACGGAAUCGAUCAUUUUGGAAGACGUUAAUAAUACAGAGAUAUCAACGAAAACCGUUGUAUUAAAUGAAUAUGUACCGACUACUGAACUUACCGUUAAAAAAGAUGGUAACGAUAAAUUUGUAGCAAAAGAACGAACUACCACCAUUGCCACUCUUGAAGAGCAAACAACUUUUAUGGAAGACGUCACUACAUUAAACGUGCCCGAUGAAUCUACGAGCCUUCCCGAUAAAGAAAACAUCACGACGGAAGAAAUUACAUCAGUUACUGAGACGAUAAUGCUCGGUAAAGAAAGUAAAGGGCAAAAAUCAACCGAAGCUAUUGAAGAUACUACAGAACGCAGCGUGAUGCCAAAAACGAUCAGUGAGGGCUCAGAAGAAAAUCUAACAGUUCAACCUCUCCAACCGGAUGUCAUAAUUGACUCUAAUUCAACCCAGAUUUCUCUAAUCGGAACGGUUCCAUCUGAUACUAUCGUAAUAGCACCGAGCUUCGAGAGCGUUAUACCGCUCGAGACUACGAAGUCAUCGAUACGCGACACCGAUACGUCCAAUCAUCUUGAUGAUUCGUACAUACCCAGCGUGAUACCUCUCAGCGCAAAUUACACCCGCGAGACAAUCCCCGCGACGAAAGUCACGAGCGAGAUUACGCCGGAGGAGAUCGAGGCCGGACUAGCGGAUGAUCUUUACUUGUCAUUAUCUCGCCUCGAUUUCCCCGAGAUCUUACCGUCAAAAUCAACCACGGUCAAUCUAGAGACUAAACCCACGCCGGAUCUCGCACUGGAGCCUAGCACGAGCGUAUAUUAUACGGAGACGGUAGUGACGUCGACGCGACUAAGGACGUAUACAUACGUGGUGACGCAACUUAACGGACUGGAGACCAAAGUGACGUCAUCGACGACCGUACGACCGAGAGUGACGACACUUACGUUGACGGUGCCCGUCACGGUGACUGUCACUCCUACCGUGGAGUCGUCAGCCGGCUUCGUAUCAUCUGUGUAUAAUCCAGUACCCGUUGUCGGAGAGUACGAGGCGAAGGAUGAGGAAGAAGGGCGCAGAUUUAAUUUAGCGACCCGUGUAAUGUCAAAUGGCGUAGAAGUCAUUGUCGCCGGACCGACUCCGGCUCUACGAUGGGAAAAUUCGAAUCCUCAACCUACCCUCACUUUGUCAGAAGCAGUGGUCAUGCUUCUGCCGCAGGAUAAGCCGAACGAGUUUGUCACGAAGACUUGCACAACAACUUUCACGUAUCUCAGCACAAUUACCAAGGAUGGAACGACUACCGUUUCAACGGAGCAGCAGGUGGUAGCGAAUACAGCAACAGAGGAACGACACAGGAAACCUGGCUCUGAAACAGCAGCUGUGACUCUGGAUGCAUCCCCGACUUUACGCACCGAAGUAUUUAAAACGACGUACACAUAUUUGGCUUUAAACACAGAUCAUCCGGAUGUGAAUGACGCCUUAGAAAGUAGCACGAGAGUCAUAACGAACACGGUUACCGCGCCGCAACAUUACCUAGACAUGAUUCUCGAGCCAUCAGAAGCUCCGCGACCGGAAACCAAUACAUACCUCAGUACCACAGUAUUGGAAAAAACGUUUAUGGAAGAAGGUCGAACAAAAAUAGAGACGGUCAGCGACACGAUUACUCAGCUCAUAGUAACGGAAUCAGCACCUCCGCCGCGACCAACCAGUGUCACAACUACCCUAACUGCCUUGGAUAACACCGACAGUAGCGUGACGGAUAUGACUAAAACAUAUUACAUCACAUACACAUAUUUCAAUACAUUUUUGGAGAAAGGUAGCACGGUAGUUCGUACAAAUGUAGCUACAUCGACUGACGUGGUAUUGGAGAAAGUGCCGGUGCGAAAAACAACCAUGAAAACCGCUCCGGUUAAUCCUACCCCGGAGCCUAUACAGAUCUUCGCUACUAAAACAUACCUUACCACGUUUACUUACUUUACGACAUUACUGCAGGCUGGCCCAGAUGGCGAAACAUCAACAACUGUGACGUCUCGUUCACAUAUCGUUGAAAAUGUCGUAACGGAAUCAAUAGCUCCGAGUUUAUUAGACGCCGGAUAUAUGAAUGCCCUAUUGACGACCGCGCAUCAUUCUGAUCCGGUGAAAAACGUCGUCACGGGUUCGACCAUUAUCUUCUUCGACGAUGAAGAUCAGAUCGAUCCAACCGCGACCUCAAAUCUCCCACAAUCAACCUCUAUUAUAGAUACAAAAAAGCACGAGAAAAGUGCCACGAACAACUCGACAACUACAAUAUCAACGGAAAUGUCAUCGGAGGACACUAACUCUGAUAUAAAGCUAGCAGAUUCAAUUAAUAAACAGGAUAAUAAUGGUACGAUAUCAAGCGAUGUAUCACAAAAUAAGAAGCCAAAUUCUCAAUCCGGGGACGAUGGUUCAGUUAGCAAACCUCUUCUUAGUCUGGGUUCUCUAGGAAUAAAUAGUUUAUCCGCUCUGGGACCGGUAAUCACAGCAAUGGCCGGAUUAUUACAAGGUAAAACUGCGGCUACUCGUAGAAACGAUAGCGUUCCUAUCGCAGAAAUUCAAGAAGUCACAACACAACGGUCCCCUAUCUACAUACCUGUCGCAGAAUUUGCUGAUGGUGAUAUAGAAACCGCUGAAAGCCAACAUAUCGCUGCUCAUCUGGCGAAUCUCAAUCAUAAUUACAUUGCCGAAACGCGCCACAAGGUGACCAGUAGUCUUGCCGAUGGUAUACCGAUAUCUCCGGGUGAAAUAAUUACCGCAAAUAGCGAUGUUAUUAUAGGAAAACCUGGUAAAAUGGCGCCGAGACCGCCGCAGACGCUUUUAAAGAACGAAGAGCACAUUGGUAUGAAACCACCACCAUUACCGGUACCGAAUAUCCCAGUACAUCCGGUAUUAGAAGUGCUGGAGGACGACGACGAUGUACAAACUCAACAAACUGCGCAAGAUGCGCAAAUACAAAUUUUGCCAGCACAUCAGGUUUACGAGGAACAUCUGAAAGUACCGGUUUCCAUUCCUCUCGAUACAAAUCAUCCAACAGCUCCUAAACAGUCUCAAAAGUUGCCUCCCGUUCAAUCAUCACCGCCUAAAAGAAUCGCAUCAAAACAAGAUAUCUUGGAGAAUGAUCCUUUACUUAAACCACCUAACAGACCAAAUGUAGAACAGUAUGCAAAUCCUAACGUGAACCCUAAAAUUCCAGAGUGGAAUCCGGAGAAAUAUAGAAGACCAUGGAGCGCUAAAGAUCCCUUAACACCACCUGCAAGACAUGAUGAAAUUCAUCCAGACAAACUUAUCGAAAAACCACGUCCGACUUCAGUCAUAUUAUCUUCAGAAGAACAGAAACGACCGCCGUGGGCACAAAAAGAUCCUCUAUUACCGGACAGUUCUAUCAUUAUACUGAGCUCAGAGUCAAAACCGAUUUCUACCGAACCGAUAGUCCAUCAGGUCCCACACGUUAUUGAUAGAUCAACGGGGCAACCUUUAUUAGUCAAUAUCCAACCUAGUCAAGUAGCUAAUGUCGUAAUUCCUCAAGGCGGCACGCAAGCUCUAAUAUUUGGAGAUACUAAUGAACCUCAUAUAAGUGGUCAAUAUUUCGACGAUCCAUCACCUUAUCCAGAACCUGAAGUUGGACCAGGUUUUAUGGGUAUCCAAAAGGUUGAAGAGUUAUCUCAAUAUUCAAGCGAGAAAAAUCCAGCUUAUUACAUGGUUCCUCCAUCACCAUCUACUAACUUUAAAGUUUCUUCACCGAAACCAGGUUUUUCCAGUCGUCCGUAUGCUGUUUUGUUAUCACCUGUACGUGAGAGACCGUUAGAAGUGCCAGAGGCAUCUGUAUUGAGACCCGAUAAGAGACCAUCCGAGAUCCAUUUGAUCAAACGACCCGAUGGAUCCGGAGGUUCCGGUCAAGGCCACGUUCAUACAGAAAUUCUUGUACAUCACAAGCCGGAGACAAUAAAUGUUCGACACCCUGCUACUCAUCCGUCUGUCCAUUCUCAUGUACAUUCAGUUCACCAAUCGCCAGUGCGCGGUCACUUUUCGAAUGGUCAAACUCCGAUGGACCAAGUUCCGCCGAGGCGAGUGGAAGUCACACCGACCGAAGUUCCACAUCGUUAUAUAUUUCUAGGGAAACCAGAUUCUGGAAACGAGGUAACUUUAGGUACCAAUUGGAAAUCCGACAAGAAGCCAAUUAGAUUUGCUCUAAAUAAUCGACCGAGGCCGCGACCAAGACCGACGACCAAUCGGCCUUUAGAUAGACACGUCUUUGUGGAACGACCUACUGGAUAUCCACCGAUUAGGAAACCAACGUAUUCAGGGCCACAGAGACCUCCAAUAAAAACACACAACACCAUUAUGUUACCACAUCGUCCACCAAUAAGUCCUCAGUCUCAUCAGGAACCUACUCGGAUUACCCCUAAUGUAUUCACUCUUCAAAUUGACAAUCAAAACAGACCGCCGCAUAUUUACCUAGAUAAGACAAAUGUAGGUAAUAUUACGCCACCAAAUUUGCCAAUUGACAAUAAACAAAGCGAUAACGUGCCCACUGGUGCAAUAGAAUACCACAAUCCUUUACAUCCAAAUCCAAUAUCAGAAGAAAAUAAGCAUUCUCAAGUAUCGUCUACAAAUACGCAGCAUGUAUUGCCAGGAGAUCAUUUUGAAAAAUGGCAGACUAAUACACAUACAGAUCAGACGCAAUUGGAUUCUGACAUCAGUGCCUCGGAGUAUAUUAAUUAUCAAAAUCGGUAUCAUGGAAAAGGAAAUAGAAGCCAAGAAACCGAUGAUCAGAACAAAAAAGACACAAUGGAUUCCCAAAGCUUCAAUCAAACUUUAACAUCUCAAACUUUAUAUGGACCAGUUGUUUCCAUCAAUACGGUUGUAGGCAAACCGCUGGAAGUCGAGCAAGAACAAGAUGUAAUUUACGAACACGAAACAGGUGGGAAGCCAUUAUUGCAAGUGCCUCAUGGUACCGAUCCUUACAAUACGAGACCUUACGAAUUGCCCGUAGUACAAGGCAAACCUUUUGGUGUUUACAAUGGUCACAUCGAUCCGACUACUCCUUACGGCUACAAACCCGAUUACGAAAUAGUUCACGGUAUACCUGCUCCUCAUAAUGAAGAUGCAAGACCAGUUACGACCAAGACGCAAGGUGGACAAGUUACAACGAUAAAUUCACUUGAACGUGACGAUACCAUUGAUCUGAAACCACCGGCAAUUAUACCUCAAUUCGGUGUUGAAGUAGAUAGACCUGGAAGACCGUUCUCUAGACCGAUUAGGCCUGAUUUAAGACCCAGUCUAACCCGAAUUAAACCAGAAAUAUUAACAAAACCGCCAAUUAAAUUAGAAGUUAGACCCGAUUACUCUGUACGACAUCCGGAGAAAAUCAAACCAAAUAAUGCGGAAAUUUUUGUCAAUCAAACAUUGAAUCAUGGAAUAAAAAUAAAUCAUAAUCUUCAGAAUUGGGACGCAGAUGUAGCAGUCUCCAAUAUUGUGAAAUCUCAACAGAAAACAGUUGAAAAUAGAAAUAAUACUACAUCUCGUCCAAUUAUGAUCGCUAAUAAACGUCCGAAUAUUGUUCGACCAGAGCAUGGAACAUUCACGAGAGUGCAUCCAGAAUAUCCUCAUAUCUUGACAAAACCGAAACCUAAAGUGCCGGAGCCAGUAAUCAUUUCGAGCGGCAUUGCGGGACUGGAAACACAUGGUCGUCCAAACGUCAAGUUUUCCAUGUCGGUUGAGGCUACGGGCGAAGAGAUGGAUAGUAAAACGCAAACCGAACGACCGCCCAGUAUGCUAAUUACGAAACAUAAUCUACCACAGAAUAAAAAGAAUGAUGAAAUUUUGGACACAGCUUACCAAACAAACUUUGCUUCUUCGGAUUCUCAAAGCGAGCAGGGCAAAAUCAAGGACGUUCCUUCUAGAAACAUGAUGCCACCACCCUUAAACGGGGGAAUCGGAUCAAACCAAUCGAAGAAAAAAGAGCAAGAAGGACUUAAACCACCGCCACCACCGUCAAGUGAUGUGCUUGGAAUGUCACCACCACCGGUAGACAUUACUACCACUCAUAUACCCGUAGACGAUAGAUUUGCCUUAAUGACGACCGACGAAUCAGGUUUAAAGCCGCCAAAAUAUAUACCAUUAAAAGAAUCGACAACAGUUGCACCGCCUAACACAAAUAUGGUUCCACCUAGUCCAAGACCAUCACUUACAAGACCUUUCCUCGUAGAAUUACUGUCACAGGACAUGGUGCCACCACCAGUAUUGACAACUACCAGACCGCUCGAGAUCGCUACUGUGAGACCAGCUGUCGCAGUUUCUGGUUCUAUACAAAUAGCCACUGCCGUCGCGACGUCUCAUAUUCCAGUAAUCCAGGAUAUUGAAUCGAAAAUUCCAAUUAUUCACGGUACUGUUGACCUACCAGUCGUAGUUGAUGUCGCUGAGAUCCUCAGACCUGUAGAAACGCGAAUGAGCGAACAUGUUAGCGUUUACACCGUGCGACCGUUUGAUACAAGACACGUGUCUAGAAUUGCCAUUCAAUCGACAUCGACGUUGACGACAAAUAUAAUAAUACCGACAAAAUUGCGGCCACCUCAAGUAGAUCAUAUUCAGCCAAGUAAAUCGUCAACAAUCCACCGCAAUGUCAAUCCGACGAGAUCAUACAUUUUAGACAUUCCACCAAAUCCUGUUAAGCGACCUGAGCAUCCGAUAUUCUUAGAAUCUAGCCGCGAAAGCAUCGUACCGUCGACAAGAUUGGAACCUACCGAGUCUUUAACAUUCAUCAUAGAAACAGAAAAGAAACAGCAUUCGACGAUACCGAAUGUCAAGACACAAAAACCGCAAAUAAUCGAAUACAGCAUCGUGAAUAAAACGGCGAAUAAAGAGUCAUCCAUAAUCGUGACUAGAGUUGAUAGUUCAAUCAGUAAAGUAACAAAAACGUUGAUACCAACACCAGGCAAUAAGACGCGUCCCGAGGCAAGCAACUCGGAUACACAAUUUACGAAGAACAUUAUAAAGGCGACCAGUGCCAUUGUCAAGGAUCAAUCCAAUGCUACUAUUCGCACAACGCCAAAAGAGGUGACAAGAUUCAAAACUUCAACGGUAACGAGAACUAAAACAUCGGUAUUGGGUUCGCCGCCAACGACGAGGACACUUUUACUAACGCACACAAUGACCACGACGACUGUUGAGACUGUGACGGAAACAUUACUGCGUCCGACAAGCGUAGUGUCUACGGUAACUUCGACAAUUUUACAAUCGAUUGUUACCAGAAUACCUUCGUUGUACGACAACGUAGCGGAUAAUGACUCCAUAUUUGUCGUGAUGAGCGAUCAGAAACCACCUGUGUCCGGAGGAGAAGAGGUACUGAUUCAUGAAAUAAAUAUUUACUUAAAUAAGCAUAUUUUGCUUAAAUUUUAGGUGGAGGCUGAAUAUGGAGAAGAAAUUUCUCGCGAUGAGCAAGAUCUAAUGGGUAAUGAGAUCCAUAGAGUACUGACUGGUGGAAUACUCGGUGCGCCGAUAGUACCUCUUACGCCAACUGCGAAUCAAUGCAUACCGGAGUGUAAAUCGUCGAAAUCUGAAAUAUGUGCCGAAGUAGGAACCGAGAUGAGGUGCGUUUGUCGACCAGGAUUCUCGAGAAUGUUCCUGGAUCGUCCUUGCAAACCAACUUAUACAUACACACUGCGCGUUGGUUUGGAUCGUAUCGGUCAUGAAUUUGUGGCAUAUGACACUGCCUUAAAUGAUUCUACAUCGGCAACUUACAAACGUUUGAUAGUUCCGACGAAGGAAGCUUUGGAUAGAACUUUAAUGCAGAGUGACUUAAGAGAUGUGUACAGAGGCCUCGAAAUUGCUGGAUUUAUUCCGGAUCCUACAAAGGUCGAGUUUCACGUGCAGCUAAGCGAUAACGCUAAUGAAACCAAAUUGAAAGAAGUCCUUCGAAAAUACUUAGUUGGAAGCAAUUACAGCUUAGGUGGCACAGAGGUCUAUGCUUCAAAGAACCUUGAUUCGAUCGAAGCGACCGAUUUUGAUGAAUGCGCUUCAAGCGGUCCGCAUCAUGACUGUUCACCCCAUGCAGCAUGCUUCAAUUUACGAGGAUCUUAUCAAUGUUCUUGUAGAGAAGGCUGGGCUGAUUUAUCAGAAAAUUCAGCGUAUCCCGGACGGGUAUGCUCGCAAGCUCCAUUGGGAUGCACUGGCUGCAACAACAAAGGUCAUUGCGUUACCAACUCUCUCGGUCAAGACGUUUGCGAGUGCUUCCCUUGGCACAGUGGUCAACGAUGUCAAGUUAAUCUUAAAGUUUUAUUGAUAGCUCUAGUGACGACCGGCGCGAUAUUGCUGGGUCUCCUAGCAAUCUGUGUGGGAAUGACGUGCUUCCGUCGCCCAGGACGUGAUCGGAAAACCGGUGAUAGACGAGCCAUGAUCCCUGGAACAGGUGGUGAUACCAGCAGCGAGGGUAGCGUCACUGACUUGGCGAUACCGCAUCACGUACCGCACGUUUUGCCACCGCCGCCGCAAAUGAUAGCUCCCUUGCCGCCGAACAAACGACCUAUUCGUAAGAUCAGCGCGAAACCUCGUCAUCCACCUAGAAAAGCUACUAUGGUGCCUGCAACCGCGAUACCAGUCAACGACGAUCAGCGUGAUCGUUCCUUGACAGUUAUGAUUCCACGCGCGAAAUAUCGAUCGGUGCCGCAAUCACCACAAAAUUACAAUAAGACCGUCAUGAGUACAUUUGCUGCGGAGGAACAUAAACUUAUAAACUAUCUCGACAAUGGCACGAGCUCUCCUGCCAAUAGAAAACAAAGUAUAUCUAGCGCGAAAGACUGCAAGGAAACUGAUUUGCAAGGCACGAGGAACCCAAUGGCACCCACGGGUGCUCUUGUGAGUGCUGGUUUUCAGGUAUCGGCGACGGUGACCCGUACAGUGGAUGCCGAAUCCACCUUGGCACGUUCAUGCGGUGAAACCACUGUGGAAACAGCAACGAAGGUACUGAGGAGCGGAGAUCUUCAGGUUGAUCUCGACUCGACUCUAGCUCGCUCAUGCGGCGAGACAACAAUCCAAGCUCCGACGAAACUUCUUCGAUUGGAUCUAGGCGAGGCUGGUUCUACUCUGGCGAGAUCGUGCGGCGAAACGACGAUCCAACCGCCGACAAAAGUCGCCGCUACCCGAAGAAACAGCAAGGACAUUAGAGAUAACAGGGAUACCAGAGACAGCGCCAGUGAGGGUCACACCAUGGCUGAGCGCGAUUUAGGAAGUACACUGAGACUUCCGGCGCAACACCCGCCAUUAUACAGUCCGGAUAGGACUAGCGAUCGAGAAUCUAAUUUCGAUUCGCUAUAGACGCUCAAACAAGAACGAGUCACGACGUAUGGGAAGAUUGAUUGCGAACGAAGCCGCUGGACGGUAUUCUCCGUAGAUUUAUGAAUCAUUGUAUGUCGAAAUAAUUGAAAUCUGCUGCUAUCAAAAUAGGCGAAGCAACAUAUUUCAUUUUAUGAUAUUGAUUUAUUUA